AUGCUCGCGCGACUUCGCGUCUCGUUCCUGGCCAUUCUUCUGGCAGUUCUCUUGACAAGUGCGCUUGCCUCAACCCCAACAUCGCCAUUUCCCUGCACCGGUGACGGCCUGUUGUUUCAGAACCCAGAUCUCCUGCACGACCUCUUCGUCUUCAAAUGCGUCACUACCGUUGUCUUCAAUGCAGAUACCGGUGGCGAGGCAGCUAAUGAAUCUCAAAGCAGCACCUUUUACGGUCAAGGCUACCAGGCGUACGGCAAAGAGACGCUGAAGAAAUUGUACAGCGCGGAUAUCCCGGCCAUCUCUUCCACAGACGGGAGGAAUAGGUAUACGGUUGCUGAACUCAAGGAUGUCGUUGCUACCAUCCUUGGGUUCAGACGUGCAAAAGAUAUCCGCGUGUUAGACUAUGUUGAUUCAUUUUCGGUGACGGACACGGAUGAUGUGCAGCUGGAACAUGCGGAUCGUGUUGCGUCGGCCAAGAUUGUGGUGGAUGCUGUGAGGGAGAAGGGGAUUCCGGGAACAGUCAAGGGUUACGCGUGCGAUGCACUACGCAAUCUGAAGAACAAUCUUCAUACACCGGAUUACAUCAAGAAGUUCGCCGCAUUCUUCGAGUACGCGAGACAUGAUCCGGAUAUGUGCCAGAGUCUGCAAGAGUGUGGUGAUAGGCUCAGGAAGAUCAAUGCUUACACUGAUGACUAUGACGAGGGUAAUCACAUCUACGAGUUUCUGAAGCGUGAGUACUAUGCUUCACCCGCCUAA